CGCGUGCGUCUAUCUUUUAAUCGAUGAUCGACUUUUUUUCUUAAAAGAACCAGAGAGAUGGCGGACCGGACGCCUGGCGGCUCUCAGAAAGCCAGCGCUAAGGCGCUGCUGGAGAGCAAACUGAAGUCUUUUAGCAUCGGCAAAAUGGCAGUGGCAAAGCGGACCCUGAGCAAGAAGGAGCAAGAUGAAAUAAAGAAGAAGGAGGACGAGCGAGCGGCAGCAGAAAUCUAUGAGGAGUUCCUCGCUGCGUUUGAAGGAGGAGGAGACGGCAAAGUCAAGGCCUUUGUGCGUGGCGGGAUUGCAAAUGCAACAAAAGAGGAGGCAGCUGCUGAUGAGAAGAAAGGAAGACUCUACAAGCCCAAGUCUCGUUUUGAGAACCAACCGACAAAAAGCUUCUUGCCUUUGGACACACCAGCUCAGUUUAUACCAGUAGACAAAAGACAAGCUCUGAAGAAGGCGGCUGAAAAGGAGAAGAAGAAAAGCAACUUGGAGCUCUUUAAAGAAGAACUCAAGCAAAUCCAGGAGGAACGGGAUGAAAGACACAAGUUGAAAGGACGCGUCAGUCGCUUCGAACCUCUCGCAGGCGCUGAAGGUGGACGUGCUUCUGCGGAUGGUUCUUCAAGAAGAAACCGUCCGUCAAGUGUUCUGGAUGAUUGUGCGCCGGGAUCACAUGAUGUCGGAGACCCGUCCACGACUAACCUGUACCUCGGAAACAUCAACCCACAG